AUGUCAUACCGGCUGGACACUCUGGACCGCCGUCGCUCACUUGGCACCGAGCCCUGGACUUCCACGAGUCGAGUCGAGAUAACCAAACGCCUGUCUAUCAUCUGGUUUGUGACCUGUUGGCUUGCUUUCCAAAAAGGUGUUCUCAUCCAGGCAGAAGUGGAUAGCAGAUUCGACACUCAGCGGAACUCGAGCCAUGACAGUGCAGCGCAUAAUCUCGGCAUGCCAACCACUAUGCCACAUUGUCACGAGUUCCUGUGGGUUACAGGGCAGGUGUGA